AUGGAGCCAGCUAGGCUCGUUCCCACAGUGGACGAACGCCGAGCUGUGCUGGCCGCAUCGCCGUUAUUCCCGCGGCUCGACCCCUGUUGUUCGCCCGCACUGACCGAGUGCAACAGUAGCAUGGUCAUGGUGCUCGGUACUACGGAGAGCUUGGAACCAGUACGAGAAAUUCCUGCCGUACGGAGUACGGAGUACAUGCCUCGUCCUAGGUCAACCGCCGUUGUGGAGAGACGGCUGGCAGCGACACCCACUCGCUCGCCGCCCACGGCUGUCCAGGAGUCCAAUCCAACCGUCCAGGAGGUCCAACCUGUCCAACCUCAACGCCGUCUUCGCCUUGAUGACGCUCGGAAGAGUCGCUUCGAGCACCCAUCACCCGCCCUGCACGAGAAGCAUCUCGACCUCGACUUCGACGACGACGACGAAAACGACGACGACGACGACAACGACGACAACGAAGUGGACGACAACGACGAAUACGACGACGACGACGACGACGACGCCGACGUAAACGUCGAGUGCAAUACCAUCUCGACGGCUACACCGACCCCCGCCUCCGGGUGCCUCCAUAUGAUCGCUCCUAUUCAAUCACCGCUCCUCCGACCACCCGCAGCGAACGGUAACAGAAUGGCUGGCGACAUGUCCGACGACGACGCUAGGUCGCUGUCGGCCGGCGAGUGGCAGCUCCCCGAUGCCCCUUCGCCGGCCGACAGCGUUAAAUCCGACACGGAGCUCGACGACAAGAACGGCGACCCCCACGCGUCCUCGCAACCGAUCCAGAAGCGACGACGAGUCACGCGCGCCUGCGACGAGUGUCGUCGCAAGAAGAUCAAGUGCGAUGGAAGGCAGCCCUGCACCCACUGCUCCGUGUAUAGCUACGAUUGCACCUACGAUAAACCGUCCAACAGAAGGCGGAACCCGGCUCCUCAGUACAUCGAGGCGCUCGAGAGUCGGCUGAACCGCGCCGAGACCCUCCUGCGCAAGUUCAUGCCCGACGUCGACCUCACCGACCCCGGCCUCGACCCUGCCAUUCAGCAGGAGUUUCACAACCGCGAGCAGGCCCGCUCGGCCGCCGCCAAGAUGCGUGCCCCCUGCGAGCCGGACCCCGGCGAUGCCCAGCUCACGACCAUGAUCGACUCCAUCGGCCAGCUCGACCUCGACGACAAGGGCGGCUGGGACUUUCACGGCGCAUCCUCCGGCGCCGUCUUCCUGAGACGCAUGAAGGAUCACUUCCGAGGCAUGAUGGGCCCGCCCACCAAGGUCCCCUUUCUCCCCCGGCCCGAGCGGCCCCCGGGUCUCCUGGCGUUGGACACGCCCACGCCGGCCGGCACGCCCAUGUCCUCCGUUUCCCAGUACGCGGAGCUUCCACCGAAGGAGGUCGCCCGCAAGCUGUGCUACUAUUCGCUCAGCUGCGCCACCUGCCUCGUCCGCAUCGUCCACGUGCCCUCCUUUUACGAACGAUUCGACCGCCUCUACGGCAGGCCCAUCGAUUCCCUCGACAUGGAUGACACGCGCUUCAUGGGACUCGUGUACGCCGUCAUCGCCCUCGGCUGCAUGUACAACAACCUGGACGAAGCCAAGGCCGAGAGCGGAGCCUACAAGUCGGCAGCGGAUCAAGGGCGCAAGUAUUACUCCACCGCCAGGACUCUCCUGCAGGAUCUGGCCGAGUGCCGUGACAUCGUCUCCCUCCAAGCCCUGCUCUUCAUGAUUCUCUUCCUCCAAGCGACGUCCAACCUGAACGCCUGCUACUCCUUCGUCGGCCUCGCCCUUCGGUCCGCCUUGCGCAUCGGCCUUCACCGCCAUCUGAGGCACGAGAAAAUCGGGGCCGUCGAGCAGGAGGUGCGAAAGCGAGUCUUUUACGUCAUACGGCAGAUGGACAUUUACGUCUCCACCAUGCUCGGGUUCCCGCUCCUGCUCAGCAUCGACGACGUCGAUCAGCCGUAUCCGUCGGAGAUUGACGACGAGUACAUCACCAACACGGGCAUCCUGCGGCCGCCGCCGGGGACGCCGUCCUUUUUCGAAGCCUUCAACGCGCAGACGCGAUUGAUGGAGGUGCUGGGCAAGAUCACCAAGCACGUCUAUCCGCUGCAGGGCCAGAGCGGCGAGGCCGGCGGCAUGUUGGGCGACAAGCCGGCGCCGACGUACCUCGUCAGCUACGCCCGAAUCAGGGAGAUUGAGACGGAUCUGCAGAGCUGGUACGAGAGACUGCCGGAGAUGUGGCGGCCAAGCGCCGACGGUCCCGUCGAGGUGGUUCGCGUGCGGCAUCUGCUUCGCUUCGCCUACGCCCACGUGCAGCUGGUCCUGUACCGACCCUUCCUGCACUACAUCUCGCCUCGGCUGAGCCAAGCGAUUCAGGUGGACGAGCUGUCGUACGCCUGCGCGGCGGCGGCCAUCAGCGUGUCGCGCAACAUCGUGCACAUCGGGCUCGAGAUACGGAAGCAGCGCGUGCUGAGCGGACCCUACUGGUUCAUGCUCUACACCGAGUUCUUCGCCGUCCUGUCCCUCGUCUUCUACGCGCUCGAGAACCCGGACAAGCCCGGGUCGGCGGAAGUGCUGGCCGACGCGCGCGCGGGACGACAGAUGAUUGCCGACUUGGCCGACAAGAGCAUGUCCGCCGACCGCGUCACGAACGCGCUCAAGCCCCUUUUCGACCAGCUGCCCGAACGGCUGGACCAGGUCAGGACACGGCCCGUGGCGACCAAGAAGCGGCCGGCGGCGGCGGCAAAUACGGCGGCCGUUCUGGCGCACCUUUCCGCGCCAUCAUCCGGCAUGUGGACGCCGGGAGGAUCCGACUUCCUCCGCAACGGCGCCAUGGCGGGCACGACGUUUGGCUCGCCAAGCUCGCGAGCAUCGGUUGACGCGCUGGGAAACGCGGCGGACCUCGGCUUCUCCGACGCCAGCUUCACGGCCAGCAUGCACGACAUGCUGUCCCUGGACCUCUCAUCGCAGGCGGCAUCGGACACGACGAGCACGGUGGGCUCGAGCCGUCCCAUGUUCUCUUCGCAACCGAUGGGCGUCCAGGCUGUGCACAACCCGUUCAACAAGCUCGACUCGCUCAUGUUCCCGUCCGAGGACCCCUUUGCGUACCCCAACCAGCCGAUGAUGGAGCUCGGCUUCGAACCCAAGGCGGGCGGGUCCGCGGUCACGACGGUGGCGCCGGGGCAGGACGCGACAUUCUUUUUUGGUGCGUCGAUGGACGAGAUGGGAAAUCAGCUGCUGAGCCAACCCCCCCCUUACAUGAUGCAGCAUCAGCACUUGACGAUGGCGGGAAAUCCGUUUGACGCGAGUAACCUCUUGGCCAUCCACGCAGCACAGCAGCAGCAACAGCAGCAGCAGCAGCAGCAGCAGCAGCAACAGCAACAGCAACAGCAGCAACAGCAGCAACAACAGCAGCAGCAACAGCAGCAGCAACAGCAGCGACAGCAGCAGCAACAACAGCAACAGCAGCAACAGCUGCAACAGCAACAGCAGCAGCAACAACAACAACAACAGCAGCAGCAGCAGCAGCAACUACAACAGCAACAGCCGCAGCAUCAACAGCCGCUACAACAGUCGCAGCAGGCGGCGUCGCAGCAUCGCAUCGGGGGCUUCUUUUCGAGCUUCCGGCGACAGCGGGCCGACCGGCAGCAGGAACGGCAGAUAGAACAGAUAUUUACGCAGCAGGGCAUGCAACCCGACUGGGGGAGUUUCUUUGGUUCUGGACGUGGCGGGUUCCAGGGAAUGUGA